AUGUUGAAGGUGGUGGAAUUACUUGUAGCAUUUGAUGCACACUUCCACCUCGAUCGCAACGUCAAGGCUAUAGGACUGCCCCAAGGAGCAUCAUUUGAGGAUGUUUUGGCGGGACCAGCUGUGGAGAGUGGGAAGGAAGUUGAUCUGGUUGGGUCGUGUGUGUCCUUCUGUGAUCCCUAUACCUAUCCGGCCGGGCGGAGUCUUCUUGACCUUCCCGAGGAUAUGGUAGUUGCAGUAGGCCUCCACCCCAAACACCAUAUCCGUCACCAGAAAGACGAAGAUGACUCUUUCCGGAAAUUAAAGGAGCUUUCUUGGCUAGGAAGAGUCACUGCAAUAGUUGAGAUGGGGUUGGACCACAUAGAGCCACGAAGGCGCUGGCCAGAACAGAUGGACCUACUGGAGAGAGUGCUGACGCUUUUGCGGGUACGACACACCUUGGUGCUACACUGUAGAGGAAUGCCAGGUGAUACCGGGACAGAAACCUACAUGUUGCUGUUGCACCUUGUGAGGAAGAAUGUACCUGCUGAUCAGAGGAUAUACUUUCAUUGCUUUUCUGGAGACGAGUAUGUUCUCAGCCAGUGGUUUGCAGCGUUUCCCGACCUGUACCUGGGAUUUACCUGCAUGGUCCAGUCUUUCUCCGGCCCACAGAUUCGUGCCGUGAAGGCAGUUGCGGCAGACAGGAUCGUCUUGGAGACAGAAGCCCCAUAUUUUGUGGGAGCAGGUCAUAGGUAUUCUGCUCCGAAUCAGCUUUAUUCGGUUGCGGAGAUAAUCGCUCCAAUUCGGCAGAUCCAGGUCUAUGUACUUCUGCAGGCAUCAGCCGAGAAUGCCAGGAGACCGUUCAAUCAACAGUGA